GUAUUUUUUCUCACUCAAAGUGCAGAUCACAAGUAUGGUAGUAAAUAAUAAAAACAGGUUAAAUGGCUUACUGUUGACUUGAAAAACCUGUACCUAAUGUUAGAUGACGGACUUAUAUAGUCAUGGCAGUUUUUGAAUUCAUUGCAGUUGCCUCUGCCAUUGCAUCCAUCUCCAUUCUUAUUUUGUGUUUGCCUCGAAAAAAGUAAAAAACCAAAAGUGACAGCCACAAGUUACACACCAGCUGCUGAGCUACCAAGUGAGGUACAUACACCAUCGAACCACCAUUCAGGAAAAUCUAAUCAAGACCGACCUGCAUCAUCUGAGACAUCAAGUUCCCAACCACAAACCGAGCCGCUCAAAAAUGGUGAACAUCGACGUCCACAUUCCUCAUCCCAAAUCAGUCAUUCCCGUGAGCUACCUCAGUUGCCACAAAUGGUUGGCAUGGUAACAGACGAGACAAACGAUUCAUGGAGAUCUUCUAACCAGCAUACAGCCGACUCUGUAGGAGAUGCAGGUUCUAAUGAAGGUGAUGACAGCCCUGAUACGCGACAUUCAAGUCCGAGAGGACGGAGGCUACCCACCCCGCCCCCUGAAGGAGAAACUCCUGUUCAACAUAGGCAGUCGAUAACUUUAAACUUACAGGAAGAUGACACAUAUGCUAAAGUGGAGGAACCAUCCAAAGAAAACCCUGUUCGGCUAAAAAUAAAAACUCUUGAUAUUCCAGAAGGGAGUGGAGAUUCCUCAUUUUAUGCCAAGGUGGGAGAUGGAGAAGAAAAUGAUCUUUACGCUCAAGUUGACGAUACCACUCUUAAGGAUAACCCCAAACCUAUAGAAGGGGCACACGCGUCUCCCAGCCCCAGCACCCCCCUAAAAUCACCUAAACUUGAUUCCCCCUCGGACCCCAAUUAUGCAGGUGCAGAAUACGCAACAAUCGACAAACUGAAAAAGUCUGUUGCAAGUAUAAAGCGAAAACCAGCAUCAAGUGAACCUCCAGCCCCCCCAAUCCCCGAUCGUAACUUUGAUGAGGAGGACUUGGAUCCGAUGGCUGUGGUCGAGAAUCUUCCGUAUGUUGACGACGAACUUGAACCCCAGGAGUCGCCCCCUAUACAGGGCCCGAUGUACGACAAACUUUGCGUUCGUGAAAGUUUGGACCACCUGAGGCAGCGCCAGGAGGUGGAGCAAGAGAGGCAACAAAAUUACGAGAAUAUUUUAAAAGAGCCGCAAAUGAAUCCUGGAGAUGAUUAUGCUCAGAUUGAGGAGUCCAACCCAGAAGCUUUAUACGAGAGCUUGAGUGUCCCUGGUUCCGCAGAUGGUGCGUUUGCUGGGAACCAACAGAAUGGUUACGCCUCGAUCGAGAUACCAGAGAUACUGGUCCAUAACCCGACACCAGACAUUCGUUUACAACCAAGAAGGCAGCAUCAUUAUGAACAAAUCGAACGCAGACCAGAAACGUGAUAUGAAUCAUAUGAUUUCAUGUAUAUAGUUCACAAGCGUGAUGGCGUGUAGCAAGUGUUAUAUUCACAGGAUGAUACUUUCAUGGUCAUGAGAUGAUAUUUUCAUGCUCAUGAGAUGAUAUUUUCAUGCUCAUGAGAUGAUAUUUUCAUGGUCAUGAGAUGAUAUUUUCAUGCUCAUGGGAUGAUAUUUUCAUGCUCAUGAGAUGAUAUUUUCAUGGUCAUGAGAUGAUUUUUCACAUUCAUGAGUUGAUAUUGUCAUGCUCAUGAGAUGCCCAGCUUCUGAAUAGGAUUUCAUUCAUUUACAUGAAUCAGUAUAAAAUUCAUCAUCUUAUAUGAAUAGCAUAUAGGUUUUAAUAAUGUACUUUACUAUGCAGUGACUUUGUGUUUUUUAAUUAUUCUUAUACAAUGGGUAUGCACUAAUUUUGUGCGUUUCGUAAUUCUUAACACAGAAGGGUAUUUUGCAGAUAUUGAGGUAAUAGUUGUUGGUAGUAAUAACUUAUCAAAAAAAUAAAACGGCCAAAAAGUUUUAAAAAUGUAGAAUUGGACCCAAAAUUGAACCAUUUUAAAUUAAUGGUUGCAGUAAAAUCACUGUAGCACAAUUAGUGCAAGUUGUGUUUAUAUUUCGUUCGUAAAAAUCUUUAUUUAUUUGUGUUUUGUCUGAUUUUAAUUCUCUGUUGUGUUGGUAUAUUAAUGCACAAUUCAGAAAGUGUGAUAUAUUUAAAUGCAGUUUGUGAUGUCUGAACUUGGUGUAAGUGCAUUAGAAUCUUAUUUUUAUAAAUUGUAGUAUUGUAUAUAGGUAUAACUUUAACACAAAGUAUUGUUCCAAAAAUCAGCACCCUAAACCUAUUUAAGCUGUAAUGCCCGCACACAAGAAAUGAUGAUUUCUCAAGUGAUUGGGAAUUCUUGUCACAUUUGUUUUAUGUCCUGCUGCUUGUUAAUAAUUCAAAACGUACUGUGCUUGAGUGCUGCAGUGUAUAAGGUUAACCAACCUUUUUUGGAUUAAAAACUUAAACAUGAAAUUUUCCAAUAAAAGUUUUUAACGAG